CAAUGACAGGCACCCGGGGAGCCGGGGGUUCAGUGUCUUGCUCAGGGACACUUCGAGGUCUCAGUCGAGGAACCUUUGACCCUGCGGUUACCAGACAACCCUCUUAAACCAGUGAGCCACGGUCGUCCCCAUGUCUCUAUGUGUCUCUUAAUAUUUGGGUCUAUGUGUCUCUGAGUCUCUGAGACACUUUCAGUCUCUUCCUGAUUUCAGCAGCAGCUGUGGACAUAUUUCGGAUUCAGCUGAGAGACGAGGAGGAUAAAACAGAUCUGUGUGCGCAGCCCUCCGGCACACACCUCCAUCUAGCAGCGCAAUAAUUGAAAUGGUGCAUUUGGCCGCUGGCUGCGGGGUGGUGGUGGUGGUGGGGUAGGGGGGCAUAAUGCAUGACGAUAGACAUCAUUUGGCUCCAGAGCCAGAGGGAUGUUUCAUGUUACUAAAGUAUAUGAGGAGGAAGACGUGGAUGUGCAGGAGGAAGAGGAAGAGGAAGAGGAAGGACCAGAUGGAUUUCUGUUGAAAGCUUCUCAUCAUUGAUGGAUCAUAAAUUCUUCUCAUUGAUUAUCUCUCAAAGCAGCAGGAGGAUCUAUUUUCUCUCAAACAAACUGCUGCGUUAUUGUAACCUGAUCCCGGACCCGGACCCUGAGGGGGUCUGAGGGGCCCCGGGCGAGACUUCUCCCUCAGCCUCCUCUAUUCUUUCAGAAGAGACAGGACGGGCUCGUUAAGCUGCUACUGCACGCACACACACACACACACACACACACACACACACACACACACACCCACACACACACACCCUAGCACGCACACACACACACACACACACCCUAGGACGUGAACUGAAGACCAACCGGUCUCCUCUCAUUUGAAUCCCCUGGACGUAGCAGACGGACGCCGGUCUCCAUGUCUUCUGUGUCGGUGUCCUCUCAGGAGGGGCGGAGCAUGUCCAGGAUGUCUCUGAGCCGCUCACCUGUGUCUCCCAUGACCACCCAGGGCAUCCCCUCCCCCGCCCAGCUGACCAAGGCCAACGCCCCCGUGCACAUCGACGUGGGGGGGCACAUGUACACCAGCAGCCUGGGGACACUCACCAAAUACCCCGAGUCCAGGAUCAGUCGUCUGUUUAACGGUACUGAGCCCAUCGUGUUGGACAGUCUGAAGCAGCACUACUUCAUCGACAGAGACGGAGACAUCUUCCGCUACAUCCUCAGCUUCCUGCGGACCUGCAAACUGCUGCUGCCAGAAGACUUCAAGGACUUCCCCCAGCUGUACGAGGAGGCCCGGUUCUACCAGCUGACUCCGAUGGUUCGGGAGUUGGAACGCUGGCAGGUGGAGCUGGAGGCCCAGCGGACACCACCCUGCGAGUGUCUGGUGGUCCGAGUCUCUCCCGAUCUGGGCGAGAGGAUCGCAUUGAGCGGAGAGAAAGUUCUGAUCGAGGAGAUCUUCCCCGAGACCGGAGACGUCAUGUGUGACUCUGUCAACGCCGGUUGGAACCAGGACCCGACCCACGUGAUCCGCUUCCCCCUCAACGGGUACUGCAGGUUCAACUCUGUGCAGGUCCUGGAGCGUCUGUUCCAGAGGGGCUUCAUCAUGAAGGCGUCCUGCGGUGGGGGGGUUGACUCCUCCCAGUUCAGCGAGUAUGUUUUGUGUCGCGACCUCCGGCUCAACCGGUCCGUCACCAGCACCCCGAUCCGGAUCAAACAGGAGCCUCUGGACUAAACUCAGACGUGAAGACCUCUGGGAAUGAUGAUGAUGCAACAUAAGGAGUCAUAAACUGCCACAUUUGUAAUAACCUGAAUGGAACGGUCAUUUUUUAAGUGUGUACAGAUAAUUUAAUUUUUUUAUAAGACUGCCCUUUUGAAGAUGUAUAUUUAAUGUAUCUGUUGGCUCGUUUCACUAUUUUUCAUUUGUACAGAUGAAUUAAUAAAAAGAUAAAAUCAGACCGGGUUCUUUAUCGUUUUCUUUAUUUCAUUUUUUUUGCAAAGGUACAAACAACUGUAAAAUUGCCUGAAAUGUGUCAGGAUUGAAUACAGAAUGUAGGAAAUAUAAAUAGUUGCACAAAUUGUGUC